AUGUCAUUAACAAAUUAUAUCAAUGAAACAGUCAAUGAAGUAAUGGGAAAUGAAAGCCUUCAAAAUUUUGAAGAUUUAAGUGAUAGUGUAGAGAAUAACGAAGAAAUUAAAGUUGAGAAUCAAAAAGUUGAAGAGAAUAAAAAUAAAAAUUUAAAAAUUCGAAAAGUGGCAACAAAAACUAAAUGUAGUAUCUGUGGGCGUGUAGCUAGUGGAUAUCUCUAUUAUGGAGUAAUUUGUUGUGAUGGCUGUAAACAAUUUUUCAAUCGUUGUAUUACUUCCAAAAAUAUAAAUGUGUAUUACUUCCAAUAUAAAUGUGAAAAAGAUGGGAACUGUAAUUUGUCGAAUGAUAUUAAUGUCUGCAAAAGUUGCCGUUUCGAUAAAUGCAUAUUAAAGGGAAUGUGUAUUCAAACAACAAAAGGGAGGCAACCCGAAAAGGUUUUGGAAAUACAAACAAUGAUUCAAAAUAAACUUAGAGAACUUGCUAGUAAAGGAAAAUAUGUUGAAGGAAAAUCUAAUAAUUGUGCUGUUGAAGGGCUAAAUUUUGUUGAUUUGCAAAAGUCAUUAAUCGCUGCUCAAAACAAACAAUCUCUUGACUAUCUUCUAAUUGUCGAGCAAAAUGCUUGUCGUACUAGAGAUUCAGGGAUUGAUGAAUGCCAUUACAAUUCCUCGUGUGAUUCUCUUGCUUCAUUGCUUACGCGUAAAGAAAAUUUAAUUGCUAUAAAACACACGAUUGGAUUGCAAAAAUUUCAAGAACCUGGUCGUGAACCCAUAGAAAGACGUCGUGUCUUUUCUAAUCGACCUAAACCUAUGACGGAUGGUAUGCUUAUUUCUGUUGAUACUGCAAGAACUAUGCCUUUUUUCGAUAAAUUGGAUUUAUCUGACAAGGUGACAACCCUGAUUAUUUUUGGCUAA